AAUCGCAUCUAUUUUCAUAUAAACGCAUCUUUGGGGCCACAACCAAGAUAGAGCCCCCUUCACGUCCCUUGUCAUCCUGGGACGAUCCAACCUUUAAGCCUUACUUCGACGACAAUAACGUUGACAAUGUGACCACACAAUUGGGUAAAACUGCUCAUCUUCACUGCAAAAUCCGCCAACUUGGUGAUAGAACGGUUUCUUGGGUUCGACAAAAGGAUUUGCACAUUUUAACAGUUGGACGUUACACUUAUACUUCCGAUCAAAGGUUUACCUGCAUUCAUCUAGACGAUUCAGAUGAUUGGACACUUGAGAUUAAAUACGUUCAAAAGGACGACGCUGGCAUAUACGAGUGUCAAGUCAGCACCGAACCAAAGAUGAGUCUAAGCAUUAAACUUGGAGUUGUUGCGGCUAAAGCAAUAAUACCAGAAGGACCCGAGUUAUUUGUUGAAGUUGGCGUUACAGUUAAUUUAACUUGUUUAAUUAGUGAACCAUCAUCUUCACCGCCGGUUUAUGUUUUCUGGUACCAUGAUGGAACAGUGAUUAAUUAUGAUUCACCGAGAGGAGGAGACAUAAAAGUGACAACGGAUCGUAGCUCUUCAGCUGUUAGUCGUUUAACCAUUAUUGAAUCAAGACCAUCUGAUUCUGGUGAAUACUCAUGUAAACCAUCCUAUGCAGAUUUUGCCAAUGCUACACUUCACGUCGUUGCCGCAUCAUCGUCUUCACCUUCAUCAUCUUUAUCGUCAAUUGCAUUGGAUAAAAAAGAUUUUCCCGGGGAGUUGACACCAUUCUAUCAAUAUCCAGCGAGCUUGGGUACAAGUCUUUUUCAAUAUCAUCAUCAAUACUAUAUUAAUUGGUCUAUUUACUUCUUUGGUUGGCUAGUAAUUUAUCGAUCCAAGUAAUAGUUCAAAGUCAAUGGUAUCGAAUUAUUGUGAUAAUAUCGCCGGUGAUAACAUAAGAGUUAAAACUAUGAUCUCCUCAAGUCCUUAGCCUGUUGGACUAUUGGUUAUUGUAAUAAAAAUUUGGAAAAUUUUAGACUUUUAGAAAUUUUUACCCUAUUUUUGUACAAUAUAAAAAUACAGAAUUUAAAAAAUAAACUUUGAUUUCUUUCUUAAA